GUUGUUUGUCUUUAUUCUUUAACGGACUUCUGUCUGGCUCCAACAUAUAACUCAGAAUCAUAAAACCAGAAACUGCUUUCCACUUUCUUCAAAAUAUAUAUGUUGUCUUUUGUUUUCUAAAAUCUUGCAUUGUACAUACAUGGUUGUCUUGUUUCCACACUUCUCUUCCUACUUCCUAGAUUGAAUUUUCCACCUCUGCCCCUGAGGAUGAUAGCUCACAGUCAGUAAAACUCACAAGCUAAUCUUGAGUCCAUAGUUAACGAUCUGAAAAAUCCCUACUUAAUUGAAUUUUCUUGAGGUUGUCUUGACAGUAAAAGUGUUUGUAUGGGUCAUCUGCGCAACAACUGUGCAUUUGCACUGGAAAUCUCAGCUUGUGUUUUAUUGCUUUUCAUGGUUGGAAAUAACGUGGAUGGCAUAGGGGUGAACUGGGGAACUCAGGCCAGCCACCCCCUGCCGCCGCGAACCAUAGUGAAGCUGCUGAAGGACAAUGGGAUUGAGAAAGUGAAGCUGUUUGAUGCAGACGAUGGGGCUUUGAGAGCACUUAGUGGGUCAGGGAUUGAGGUCAUGGUUGGGAUUCCCAAUGACAUGCUAGCCACAAUUGCUCAUGACAUGAGUGCUGCUGAGAGAUGGGUUGAGAACAAUGUUUCUGCACACAUCUCUUCUCACAGUGUUGAUAUCAGGUACGUAGCGGUCGGGAACGAGCCCUUCCUCUCAACCUACAACAGAACAUACGAAAACACAACCUUCCCCGCUUUACAAAAUAUUCAGGCAGCCAUCGUCAAGGCCGGCCUCGGCAACCGUGUCCGCGCCACCGUCCCACUCAACGCCGACGUCUACCAGAGCACAUCCCAACUCCCCUCCUCUGGCAACUUCCGCUCGGACAUCCGCACACUCAUCCUCCAAAUCGUAACCUUCCUCGACCAGAACGCCUCCCCCUUCACCGUCAACAUCUACCCCUUCAUCAGCCUCCACAACGACCCCUCAUUCCCCCUCGACUACGCCUUCUUUGACGACACCUACUCCUCCCCAAUCCUCGACGGGCCCCACACCUACACCAACGUCUUCAACGCCAACUUCGACACCCUCGUGUGGGCCUUACGCACCAACGGCUUCCCCAACAUGACGAUCAUCGUUGGCGAAGUCGGGUGGCCCACCGACGGUGGGCCAACCGCAAACCCGGGUUACGCCCAGCGGUUCAACCAGGGCUUCUUGUCCCGAGUCAACCGGGGGACUCCCAUGAGGCCGGGAGUACCCAUCAACGCUUACCUCUUCAGCCUCGUGGACGAGGACGCCAAGAGCAUCCAGCCGGGGAGCUUCGAGCGACACUGGGGGAUUUUUUACUACGACGGUACUCCAAAGUACAAUCUCAGCCUCGGAACGCGUGGUGGUGGUGGUGUGGUGGUGGGGGCAGAGGGAGUUCGCCGGCUGCCGAGACGGUGGUGCGUGAUGGCUGGCGAGGCCAGCAUGGACGACACACGGGUGGCCGACAGUGUGGGCUACGCGUGCGCGCGCGCGGACUGCACGAGCCUAGGGAACGGGAGCUCGUGCGGGGGACUGGAUGCUCGGGGGAAUAUCUCGUAUGCGUUUAACAACUACUACCAGAUUCAGGAUCAGAGGGAGGAUGCGUGUAGGUUUGCGAACCUUUCGGUGGUCACCAUGCGGGACCCGUCGGCUGGGGAGUGUAGGUUUGAGAUCAUGAUUGACACGCGGGGAGGGGAGAGCGGUGGUGGGGUCGAGUGGGGCCCGCCGCCUGGGAUGGCGGUUCGGGUGCUUGUGCUGCUGUUGGUCCUUUUUGCCUGUAUAUAA